GCAUUUCUUAUUGUUAUGUUUGCUUCCCAUUUCAGGAAGCCAACUGACGUUUGACAUUAUUAGACAUCCCAUUUCCUUUCCAUUUCAGAUUUCUGUCCAGUAUAUAAAAAGACACCAACCCCAUCAUUAAAUGAUCCUUCAUUCCUAUUCAUUAUCGUUUGCAAAAUACUCCUAACAACAAAAUACAACACAACCAAAAACAACAUAUUAUACCACAAUGACAACUUAUAAGCUCAAUUCCUUAGUACUCUUAAUAUUCUUUUCCUUCUUUUUAUUCCCACACCAAUCCUAUUCCAAUGAAGAAGAAACAAGUGAUGAUAUUAACUGGUGGUGUAGCAAAACUCCUCAUCCUGAACCAUGCAAAUACUUCAUGGCCGACGCCGGGCUCCAGCGUACUUUCAAGCCGACAUGCAAAGCCGAGUUUCGAACCAUGACCGCACAAGUGGCCUUGGAACAAGCCCUCCUGGUACAAAACCACUCGAAAAAAGUGGGCCCGCACUGCCGAGGGAAACGAAAGAAACUAGUCUGGAUGGAUUGUGACAAGCUUAUUGACAGCACCAUCUUCCAAUUAAACCGUACUCUUCAUGGCAUCGGAUCUAACUCUACUUCCUGUACGGAUUUCGAUGCUCAAACUUGGCUUAGUGCCUCGUUAACAAAUAUCGAGACAUGUCUAUCGGGCUCAAAUCAACUCAACGUUUCAAAUAUCCUACAUCCGACUUUAUCCACAAAUGUCUCACAACUUCUCAGCAAUUCUUUGGCUGUAAAUGGGGAGCUUGUGGAAUCACAAAAUUCAACAGAAAUUGGUGGAUUUCCAAGUUGGGUUACGACUAGGGAAAGAAAGUUGAUACAAUCUUCGACGAGGAGCUUAGCUGCCAAGGCGAUUUACGUGGUGGCGCAAGAUGGAUCGGGGAAUUUCCGGACCAUUCAGGCUGCAAUCAAUGCAGCCGCAGAGAAAAUUUCAGAUCAGAGGACGAUCAUAUAUAUUAAAAAAGGUGUUUAUAGAGAAAAUGUGGCAAUAGGGCCUAGCAUGAGUAAUAUCAUGUUAGUUGGUGCUGGUUUGAGAUACACAAUAAUUACAGGCAGUCGAAGUGCUGCUGCAGGUUUCACAACUUACAGUACUGCUACUGUUGGGGUUGAUGGAAGUGGAUUCAUUGCACGUGGCAUCACAUUCCGUAACACAGCAGGUCCAAAAAAGGGUCAAGCAGUAGCACUCCGAUCAGCAUCCGAUCUUUCAGUAUUCUACGCCUGUGGAUUCGAAGGUUACCAAGACACAAUCUUUGUCCAAUCCCAACGACAAUUUUACAAAACAUGUCAAAUUUAUGGCACCAUAGACUUUAUAUUCGGUAACGCUGCAGUUGUUUUUCAAAAUUGUGUUAUCUACGUCCGAAGACCCUUAGUAGGCCAAGUGAAUGUGAUCACAGCACAAGGCCGAGGUGACCCUUUUCAGAACAGUGGAAUUUCAAUUCACAAUUCGAGAAUAACAGCAGCACCAUCUCUAGCCCCGGUGGUACGAGCAUUUAAGACGUAUUUGGGACGUCCAUGGCAGGAAUUUUCAAGGACAAUAAUAUUGAGGUCUUAUAUUGACAGUGUAAUUCAUCCAUCAGGAUGGUUACCGUGGCAAGAUUCUGAUUUCGCGUUCAAAACUUUGUAUUUUGGAGAGUAUGGAAAUUUUGGACCGGGGUCUUCGACUAGGUAUAGGGUGAAAUGGCCUGGUUACCAUGUUAUAACUGAUGCUAAGGAGGCUUCAAAGUUUACUGUUGCGAACCUUGUAGGAGGUCGGACAUGGCUGCCUUCUACUGGUGUGCCAUUCACUUCAGGGCUCUGAAUUAAUUUGGUCUAUAUAUUUGUAUAAUUGUCUAGUAAAUUAUUAUUUCUUUUCAUUAUUUUGUACAUGUGUGUAAUGACAUUAUAUGAAAGUAUAUGUAUACGAAUACGAUGUGAUUUUAUCUAAUACUCCUGUUCUUUAUCAC